AUGUCAGCACCGAAGCUAACACCGACGUACCAUGGAUAUGUUGGAUCGACUAAGGAUGCGCUUUUAAUCAUUUACCAAGCGCUAAACAAACAAUUGGAAUUGGUUCCAAGGCGGCCACAUGAGCGGGAAAGACCACAUUUGAUCAAAUCCGGUAAUGUCUUUGUAUUUAUUGAGGAACAUUCCGGGAUCAAGCGCUGGACUGAUGGUACUUCAUGGUCGCCUUCGCGUAUAUUGGGAAGAUUUUUGGUUUACCGGGAGUUGGAUAAGUCUUGCCUUAUCGAGAAAGACAAUAAGAAGAAGAAAAAACGCAAGGCAAGUCAUAAUAAAUUUGAUGAACUAGACAACUUAGACACUGCAACUGCAGCACCAAGCACACACAGAGAUGGCGACAAUACACCGGUUUUAAAUCCACAACUCCAGCACCAUCACCAACAGGUACAACAAACCGCACCUAGCCACCAACAGCAAGCGACAUCGCAAGAUGUUAUACCGCCAAAUACUAUUCCUGCAUCAAAUUCAUACAGUGGUGUUGAUUAUAACAAGAGUUUGCUAAGUGGACCACUAGUUACUUCAUACAUAUUCAAGGAUCAGGGGUUGAUUAAAAAGACGCUAUCGCUAACCACUACCACCAGUGAUCUCCAUUUGGAAAAGUUGAAUGAGAAACAGACUAUACAUUUGAUCAGCUACUACAAUGCGCAAGAGGUCAUGAAUGGAAAGUUGCUUCGUCCUUCAGAAUCGGAAUUUAAGGAUGUUUCAAUUCCAGUAACUAUGUGGAACGCAGUCAAGGACAGUUCAUUAGGUGGGAAAAUGCCUCUUGAAGAUGAAGCGUUUUAUUUUCUUGAUGGAAAUUACCAAUUACAAAGCAUGUUACAACUGCAGCAUCAACAGCACCAGCAGCAACGACAACCUCCACAACCACUGUCAUCUAGCCUCGGUGAUGCUAAGCUAGCAUAUGGUAAGUAUAAUGGACCAUUGGUACAACCGCAACAACAGUAUCCAGCCCGCUUAGGCCAACAAUUAUCCAUGGGCAUGGCAAUAACUAAUCAGACUCAAAAUGACAACACAUUAAUGAAGCGCGAGGAAGAAGAGAAUGGACCAAUAGUUGGCAACGAGUUGAACUUCAUCAAUCCAUUUACAGGAACACAGCAACAAGUACCAACAUAUGGCAACACAUUGGGUUUCGCAUCCAGCAACAGCAAUGGAUACAACUACAUGAUGCAAAACCAAGGUCAAACGUAUGCACCAUCACAGUAUAACCAGUAUUUGCAGCACACUCCUCCACAGAUGAACGCACAAGAUGUAUAUCCCCAACAUUAUCAUCCUGGCUUGCUGCAACUGCAACAAAAACAUACAUAUGGACCUCAGCAACAAUCUGGAACCCCAAAUCCAUCUUCAUCAGCGUUUCAGCCACCACAUGUGCCAAAUCCUGCAAGUAAGUCAUCAGCUGGAAUGGGGAUGAAUGUUAACCAAUCUCAGGCGGCGGCCGCUGCUGCUGCUGCUGCUGCUGCUGCUGCCACCGCUGGCACACCUACUCCAGGUCAUAGUGUAGCAACAAAUAAUUCAAGUGGAAGCGCUGGACAACAUUAUCGCCUUGGUUCAGGCUCGUCAGUGGAUCAUUACACGGUUGGAAAUAACAACUCCUUGUCGUCGAUAAAUAGCAGUGGAAUGUAUCAAGGCAGUUUGUCAAACACUACCAGCACUAGUAGUGUGAUGACCACGAAUUCCAGCCUUUCUGUUCCUGCAGGCACGAGAAAGUAUAGCCAGCAAUCGUCCGGUGGACAAGUGCCAACAAUGAGCAACCUAAAGCUGAGCAAUUAUACACCAAUGAGCCAAGGAUACGGAGUGGCGAAUAAUAGUUCAAAUACAGUUACACCGUCAACUUUUUCAGCAAGUGGAGCAGCAUCGGUAGAAAGUUCACGCACAUUACUUCAAAAUAAUGCAAGUGAGUUUGAACAUUCGCAGCCACAUCAAGGACUGUUUAUGAGUCAGUAUCCAGAACAGCAACAGCAACAGAAACAGCCACACCAUCACCAUCACCAUCAUCAUCAUCAAUCUAUGUACCAUUACCAGCUGUCACAUCAGUACCCAAAAUGGAGCAAUCCUCCUCCUCCUCAACAACAACUACAACAACAAUCGCAAGCCGUACAACCAGGAGAUAACGGUAAUGGAAAUACUGGUGCUGCUGGUGAUGACGCAGCUAGCGCCCCUUCUGGAGGCUUGACUGGUCCACAGAACUCCUACUAUCCUACAUCAAUGCAAGGCUCAAGAUUUUAG